CAGCAAUAACGCCAGCAACAAUCCUCGACAGGUGCCUACCGUAAAGACGGAACCGGUUCAACCUAACCCUCUGUUAGGCAUUACGUUGAACGUGUCCUACUUCAGAACGAUACCUGGUAUCAUUAAACUCGCACAAGUGCAUUGCGCAAUUUCGCGUCUACUGAAUACGACUUACUUCUCCGAGCAUGCAGUAAAGAGAUUUACUAUCAUUUAAAAAAUAAGGAAACAUACGCAGUUUCGAAUUUCGUUUGCACCGUAACGUUGAACCUGCGACGGCAUAACUGCAUAACGGUAGUCUGCUCACCGAACGAUUAACGAACUAUCAUCCACUAUCUUGAAACAGUAAUAAUAAUUUCUUAUAAAAUCACGGCGUUAAGUAUUAACUCUGUUUCCAUACGAAGAUUAGAGAAAGAACACGGUAAGACACAAUUUCUAUUUUUUGUAGGGGGACAGUUUUAAAAUACAUUACUUAGAUUGCUAUCAUAUCCACGUUAUCACAAUUAUCUUUUUAUUUAAUUUUGGCACAAACAUUUCUCGCCACAAAUAUUUCUCUUGUUAAAAAGAUUAAUAUAUUAAAAGAUAUUAAAAUAUUGUUUGUCUUAAGUUACAUAUACCUUUGUCUUUUAAAAUAUUUCCUCAACUAUAUCAUUGAAUUUAACAGAUCCUUUUCGCUAUUAGCUACUGCAUAUUAAAAUAUUCCCUUUUCUAAAUUAUAAAAUAUCAUUAAAAUAGAAAUAUUAAUAAAAAAAAUUAAAAAAAAUUGUUUUUGAUUUUUCCGGCUGCGUAAUGGAUUCCUCUUCGAAAUCGGCGGUACCGUUAAGUGAUCAGCAUCGGCAAGCAUCGUUUCUCCUUGGUUCACGCACGUGUAGUCAGAGACACGCCCACUGACGUUUUCCGGUUUAUAUUUGCUCGUAAAUAGGCGCGCAUUGUUUUCUAUCUAUCGAAAUAAAUGAGCUAAUUUAUGUGGCGGGACAUAAGCAAAGAAAUUAUACAUAUGAUAAAUCCUGACGGUGAUUUUGCAGCAGAUGAAAUUACUAGCAGAUAGAAACCAAAUACGACCAAGCUAUUUAUUUCACGAGACUUUUGCUGUCCUCGAAUCGCAUUUGUCCAUACAGACGGUGUAUUAUUGGUUGCAUGUUUAUCUACGUGUGAACACAAUGGGAAGAAAUCGCUUCAUUUGAAUGGUGAAUUUCGGUCAGGCUGAUACGUACUUAGUCGUUUAGUAAUUUUCAUCGAUAGAGCGUGAGAAGGAAACGCGCGGAAAAAGUUACACAGUAGCCGAACGGAAAACACGAUACUGUUGCUAACCUCGUCAAGAUGAACGUUUGUUUUUCUACUUGUCGAACGAACUACAGCAGAAUCUUGAUUAUUCGAACUGAUCACGACACAUGUUGUUUGAAUAAUCGAACUUUCCAGGUAAUAGAAAAUUCUUUUUCCACGUGAUCAUUUAUUUUAAAUAUUUCUAAUAUUUAUAAUGUUUCAUAAAUAUUAUCAGUCGUAUUUUGUCCGCAUAUGCGUAAUUUCGGUAUUAUUUUUAAUUUUGUAAAUACAUAUAUACGAUAUUAUCUACUAUGAAAAGAUCCAACAAGGAUUUAUGAAUAAAAACGUCACAAUUUCUUUGAAUUUUUAUUCUUAUCUUCAAAUAUUUCUCGUAAAGUAUUAUCUUCAAACAUUCUAUCAAUGAUCGAUCGUUCUGCUAAUCGUGGUCCUGAUAAUAACAUCGUACUGCAUUCCUUACAUCGUGUAAGAUAUUAUUGAGAAAUUUCGAGAAAUCAAUAUGUAAUACUCGUAUUACUAAAUACUUGAAAAAUACUCGACAGGUAGAAACGCUCGAAGGACAUGAUUUUAGCUAGUUCACAGACGAACAAAACACAAGGAAUUGUGCAAUAUCGAUCACGACGACGAUUACAGAGUUCUAGGUUCACGAGUGUCUAUGGUGUAUAAGCUGUUCACGAAGCAUAUCGCCUGGUGCAACAAGUUAUGCAGUAAACUCAGUAAACACACGCAAAUACCUACCUUAUACGCAAGGACAAGCCGCGCCUCGUAACGCAGAGAAAGAGACUCAAGUGACAAAUUCAAGUCAUAUAAAUCUUCUUUCCACGUUUGUGGAAGUACAAGCCAAUUGAUUAGAUCACACGGUGAAUCUCUAUAGAUAUAUUGAAUAUAGGCGUCGAUUUAUAUUUCUUCAUUUUAUUGGUUUUGCGAUCUUGGACGAUAUCUGUGUCUACUUGCAAUCGUGUUGCGCGACCUAAUCUCUUAGGUAUAUAACUCAUACAUUACACCACGUGGGUGAAUGGUUGAGUAAACGAUUUACAUAUUUGAAGAGCAAUAAGUAGCAUUAUUAUUCAUCUGUAGUUUUUGUCUCUUCUUCGUAGAAUGACGCAAACUGUGAUGAAGAACGAUGUAAUUUACAUGGGAGUAUAAAAUAUUUACAUAUACAACAUGGGAAAGGAAAUACAAGAAAUACGACGUGAGAAAUAGUUAACGCGUUACAAGGAAUAUUUGUCGACGCGCAAAAUACAAUUCAAGUUCUUCUAUAUCACGCUCGUGUCAGAGUUAAAUCCGUAACGUUAUUUAACGCGAUGUAUAUUACUAAUUACGCAGUUAUUUCUCUAUAACCGGUGUGCGUUUCAUUAUGAUCGAACAAGCGCGAUAACGUACGUUGGUUCAUUAAAAUUACGUAAUCGUUUAAUAAAUCGUAAUGUUGCACAAAUUGAUUUAUAGAUAAAAAGAGGCCUGUAUCGCGAACAGUAGCCUUUUAAACAGAAAAAGAGUUACAACAGCCCGCGAACUAGCGUAAAUCCUGAUAAUUUUGAAAGCACUUGCCAAUUUAAACGAGUGGAACGAACACGAGGCGUAUCAAUCUAUGCGAAUCGAUCGACGUUUCUUUUUCAUAUAAGUCACAGUUUCCGGUGCCAUUUAUUGCCAAGAAUAAAAAGCAUAAUUAUUCGUUGCUUGGAAGUUACGAGUCCAAGUCGUUCGUCUCCGAUUGUAAAAGUAUUAUUUCUGGAACCUUAAGAUAAAGCGGAGAACUUGUUAGAGUCAUCUCUGUUUUAAGGAGUAUACGUCAUUUCCCUGACAAAAUUAUACUAAAGUUUAGUGCUAUAGUUUUAGAAAUGACGCGUGAAACAAGUCGAUAAAUGAUAUGACUGUUGUUUUAACAUCGUUGCUCCCUUACACAAUGAUAUUUCAACUUUAACAUGUAAUAUGUAUUAAUAAACUGAUAAGUUACGCGUUGUUUUUUUACCGAUGACUCAAAUCGGAUGACUUGUAAUAAUUAAUAAAAUGUACAUUUAAAGUUUCCUUUACUUUAUUGCCAAAUUUGUUACUGUCAUCCAAGAGAAUUUAUCAGUACUAAUCGCUGUCCUUUUGAACUAAUCUAACAUGUGAUUUAUCGUCAUGAUUUAAGUUUUGAACUAGAAAACACUCUGUUUUACAUAACUCUGUUUCACAUGAUGAUGCUUUUCUCAGCAUUUCUUCUUAAUUUCGAUUAAUUGAUCGUGACGCGAUGAAAAAAUUCUAGCUUUGUAAACCGUUAGUCUAAACUGUAGGUAGUAACCACUUAGUAAUCGUACACGAAUAGCGCAUGUGUGUCGUAAGGUUUCUCCUCGAGUUAUAUCUUAUCUGCUAUUUCUAAGUACUGACUUCGCAUUUCGAUUAAUUAUCUGGACUUUAAGUAAGCGGUUUCCUACAUACACGAAUGGCAAUCAUGUUACACAUACGUCUGCAAAUGAAUGCCUCCUGAAUUGCUGCUGAAAUUUUUACACACACACGCGUAUACGUUCUUUAUUUACAAAUAUCUCUUAUCACGUUAAUAUUGAGUAUUAUUGUGUUAUUUCCGCCGUAAACACUUUUUCCAUUUAUUUGAUAAAUUCGUCCGACACUCAGCGAUAGUAACCAAUAACCCAAUUCAUGUAAUAUUUCAGUAAUUCGUGUGCUCAUUCAUCACCAUUGACUCGACGAUGAAAACUUGAAAUUUAGUGGAACACUUGUUGCUAAGUUUUGAAGAGCAUUCGACCCACGAAAAUUUUCUUCGUUACACAUCCAUCCGCCUCCUCCGUACGUUUCAUUCAAGUCAAUUUUGUUACACGUUUUCACUCCAAUUAAGUUUUCGGGACAAUUAAGUUUGUCCAAUGUUAAGAGACACCUGAAGCUUCAACGAAAUAUGGAAAAGUCUCAUACGAAACCGUUACAAGUCCUUAUGUUUGCCGAUACGUUGCAAAAGCGAAAACUAUCGUUAUCGGAAUGCAGCGGCAAAUGUGUGCGCCGUCAAUGCGAUGAUGUCAUGUUUCAGUUCCCUGCUCAUCAAUUGCAUAUCUACUACACAGUUUAAGUGAAUGGGGCUAGAGCGGUUCGCUAUCAUCUUUAUUACGAUCGUUAAUGUUAUGUAUGUAUAUUAAAAGUGGCGUAUUAAUGCUUGUAGAUCGUUCCCCCAAUGAAUAAUGCAGAUGCCUGACCUAUAUUUCCUAACAGCUAGUUACCCUCUUUUAAAGUUAUUUUAGGAAUCGUCGUUAUUUCGUUUCAAAAACAUCAUACCGAUACUAAAGAACAGAAAUUAGAUAAAAGAAAACACCAGCUAUUUCUAAGCAAAUCGAACGAUUAUGUCGCUAAUAUUUUAAUAACUUGUAUAGUCGUUGCAUAAGCUAUCGAUGUUAGGAAUUCUCAGUCGAACGUUUAUCGCGGUCGACGACGUUUUCAAACGAGUGAAAGUGAAAUUCUUCCUUCGGUAUACAGUUCCAAUCAGCGUUCCAAUCCUUCGCACUUUCGCGCCCGUUCACCCUUUCAUACAUUCCAGCCUCUUGUAUAUUAUAAACAUUCAUAUCUAAAUUUCAUGCCAACAAGGUUCGCGCGCUAUUUUUACUUCUUCGCAACGCUAGACGUUUUGUCGUGACUGUUUUAUAUCUAGCAGGUUAAAUUCGUAGAUUGUUCAUAGUUGACGACUACAUGGGAAGGAAUAUGACUAGUCGCACGAUGAGAGUAUCAAAUGGAAUAAAAUACGACGUCGAGUAUAGCUCGAAUCAAGGCCGUGCAGCUUUAAAUAUAACUUUCUUUAGGUGAACGAUUUUCAUUUGCGACAAAUAACAGCUAGAAAGAAAUCUAACGUAGGAUGAUCGAAAUCGGUUGGUUUCUAGAGUAUAAGAAAGUUUGAUCGAUGCUUGGUAUCUCUAACGACUCUAACCGAGUAUCGUACCGGACAGUCGUAAAGAAAGACGAGAUGCGAAGGAAAGCGGUUAAGUAUCCGCACGGGUGGACGCUAGUCGACGAAAAUAUCGAGAAUGUAGAACGCGUGAAGCUCGAUCCCAAGACGCAACGAGAAUUGGGUUGUUUGGUCGGCGAACACGUGUUCCUGGAAUAUCCGUGGGCGUAUGUGCACCGAGACGUUGUCGCAAAGUUCGCUAAAUUACCUGAUUCCUCACUGGCGGUUUUCCGAGAAGAUAUCGAAAUUUACGAGGCUGAUACGUUCCUUGUAGGCUAUUCGUCUACUGAGUUAAAGUCCGACGAAUUUGUGAUUUGUCUGACCGAAGAAGCGAGGGACCUUGUACGACAGCGAAAUAGAAAUAUUACUCGUAUUAUUUGGAAGAAAGUUAUCGGCAAAGUAAUAAAGGCUGUUAAACCGUGGAACUCUUUAGGUAGUGACUUGGAAGUAGAGGAAACAUUCGUCAGGAAUACGAGAGAAUAUUUUGAAAUAGAAAUCGUAUUACCUGCAAGAUUUCUGAAUUCUUGUCGAACGUUAUGCGACAGAAGCGCGAAUGAUUCUAGAGACGGUUACGUCCAGCUGAUCAACGAAGACGAGAAAUUCGAAAACGUCGAUAGAAAAUGCAUUUGCAGGGCUGUUCAGACGUAUAUGCAACCUCGUGAAACAUUUGUUCAAACGUGUCCCGAGUACCCUAAAAAUGCAUGGACUCAAUACGCGUGCGAAGACAUUUUGAGCGAGUUUAUGGUUGGAAAUAACGAAGAAGAGGGACAGUUGAAAGAAGGAUCGGAAAAAGAUGACGGCGCUAUUCAUUGCAAGGAAAUCGAGAAACCCAGGGAAAAAACAGCUUUGGAACUAUUUUUAGAAGCUCGUUCGCAACAAAUGAUCGAUGCAAUUAAAUAUAACGCAGCUGUUAAUUUGCACGUGGAUGAUAUUGAAAAUUUAUCUAACCAAGGAGAAGAUAUCUCAACGGUCUUCAAUACGCCUGCAUUUCGUGAACAGGUGUCGUUCACUGAUUUCAAUUUUACAGCCAAUAGAACUGUUUCUGACGUUUCGUUGCAUCCAAAAUUGACAGAAUACUUGGCGAUUUCGUACAUCAGCAAAUCGAAAUUUUCCAGACAAACUCAAAAGAACGAAUUUCAAGCCAGAGUGCUACUUUGGAAAUUAAACGAUCCACUUCGUCCACAACUUGCACUUCAGGACCACAGAGAGAUUUACGCCAUCUCGUUUUGCCCUUACGACGAUAAUCUUUUAAUAGGAGGUCGUUCCACUGGUCAGAUAGUUAUCUGGAACAUCAAAGAGUUUCUAAAUAAUCUCGACGACGGAAAUAUAAAACUUGGAACGUCGACACGAAACAGUUUACCAGUGUUUCGUCCUAUCGUUGUUUCGGACAAACAUCGUUCUCAUCAGCUACCUGUUCGAAACAUUCGAUGGAUACCUGCCAAACAUAACACAGAGCCAAAUGGAAGCUUGACAAAGUCACUCGUUUCUUCCGACGUGCAACUUCUAACCGCUUCCGAGGACGGCACCAUAGCAGUUUGGAAUAUUUCUUUUCUUUCGAAACGUUCUAUUCGCAAUGAUGAAGAUUCUGACGAACCUCUUCGCCCGAAUUUUCGUAUAAAAAUUCAAACUGUCGAUGAAAAGCCACAGUUUACUUCUUUAUGUUUCUGCUUUCCACCUAUCGUCGCUGAACACGGUGAAAAUUCACCGGAUACGAAUAAAAAUGAAGUAAGAGAGAAGGAUUGCAUAACGAAAUAUCUAUGGAUAGGUUGCGUAGAAGGGUUGAUAACGUGCGCAUGGGAAAAGCAAAUAUUCGAAGAAAAUUCAACAGACAUUAUCGAAUGCGAUAUGUUAAACUGUUCUUACGCACACAAUGGCCCUGUUGUAGAGAUCACGCGGUCGGCACAUCUUCAGAACGUGCUCCUGACAGUCGGUGGACGAGUGUUUGCCAUUUGGAACGACGAUCAUAUCGAUUCUCCUUUAUUUUGGAGAACAACUUCCUCUCGUUAUACGAGCUGUUGUUGGGCUAACGAACCUGGCGUAUUUUUGGUCGGCAGCCAAGACGGGAAUCUUGAGAUGUGGGAUAUAAAGAACGAAUCGACUCAGCCGAUAUUUACCCAAAUCGUUUCAUUGGAACCGAUUACUUAUCUAACUUUGUUAGAAUCUCCUGUAUUAUAUAACAAUGGUUUCAAGAAGAUAGGCAUAGGCGAUGGUGGUGGAUUGUUUCGUGUGUUCACAGAAGCAGAGGUUUCUCGUAACGAAAGCACGAUAGAAAGAAUGGAUUGGUUCGAAGAAUAUACUUGGAAAGAGACGCGAAGGAAAAAGCUUUUCAUCAGUUGGCAGAACGAUUUUGUCAAUAACGAUGCUGCUAUAGUCGCGAAAAAAUUAGCAAGGCACGAGGAACAAGUUAAAAGAGAGGCGAAAGAGGCGAGAGAAAGGCUUAGGAGAGAACAAGAGACAAGGUUGAGGUUGCAAGCGGAGAAAAGGGCGCGAAGCGUUCCGAUUCCAAAAGACGUCGCGUGGAAAUCGAAGGAGUUCGACAGAAUGAAAGAAGUUCUUUUGAGUAAACGGAAUUUAGUUCCCUCGGAACUCGAAGCAAAGAGGAUUCCUUUCGUCACUUUGCAAGAUGAAAGAGACGCGAAAUUGGCGAAAGUUCAAGAUAAGAUCGCUCAUAGGGAUGUUUAUUUGUUCAAUACAUUAUCUGCAGAAUUUCCUGAACUUCUCGAAACGAAAGCAGAAGCCCCGGAAUUCGAGGAAUUUAUUCCGGUAGAACUGGGAAAAUCGCUUAAUUAUUACGUUCAGAAAUUUACUGAAAUACGACGUAAAACUAAAGAAGCAUUAGAAAACAAUUUGGCUUCUUAAGCUGUUCGUGUCUUUCUUCUAUUCAUAUGCGAUAGCAAGUAAAAGCAGUGGUAAAUUGAUCUUUAAUAGAUAAACCUAUCUACGGUACUUUUAAAAUGUAAACGUGGGAGUUUCGUGUGGGUCAUAAAAAAAAAAAUUCGAAAAAAUUCGUAUAAUGUCCUCGAACAUUCCAAAUUUGAUAUUACAUGCCAUAACAUGUUUGACAAAUAAUUUAUGUAAAUAGACAAUUAUACAGCUAAUAUGAACCAGCUAAAUGGGAUCCUCCAUAGCAAAUAAUACACACGACUAGAACGUAAAAAGUGCAGUGUCGUGUUCGAAUUAGUUUAGACAUGAAAAUCCCAUAUGUACACGAUGAGGAUUGAAAUAUCGAUUCGAUAUUGAAAAUCAUUAAAUUAAAGGAAUGCGUGUUUCGAUUGG